AGUUAGUAAUGCAUACAUACAUUAUAAUGCAUAUAGACUGCGUUACUAAGUAGAUAUAAAAAUGAAGCUUAGUACACAAAGCGCAAUAAUAAUAAUUAUUAUUGUUUGUUUUGUAUAUUUUAAAUGUGAAAUCAUCUCCAGCAGUAAAUAGGCUAACUCUUGCAAACCUUUAGGCCAUUGUUCGUGCGUUGCUGUGUGAUCGAGACCCAGUGUGCAGGAGUAGGGGGCGUGGCUUCAGUGUUCGAGCUCCGCCCCCACAGCAGCAUGAGGUCUCCGGUGGCCUUUUAAAUCGCGCAUCGUCGCGUAAAUAAAGUAGAAGUUAGCUGUCAAAGCGCCGGGACUCGAGCUCACUGUCGUCGUGUAAAGCGCGUAAUAAACUCACAGCCGGGUGUUUUUUUUGUGUUUUUUUUCUUUUCUUGUUUGUUUUUGGCGUUGUUCUUAGCUUUUCCCCCAAUAAGACUGGAAAUAUGAGUUGUUCCGCUCCCGAUCAGCGGCUGGAGCACCUACUGAGCGCUGUAGAGAGCGAAUUUCAGAAAGGCAGUGAGAAAGGAGACGCCUCCGAGAGGGACAUUAAACUCAGCCUGGAGGACGCCGAGCUGUGGAGCAAAUUUAAAGAGCUAACUAAUGAAAUGAUUGUCACGAAGACUGGAAGGCGGAUGUUCCCCGUGCUGAGGGCGAGUGUUAGCGGUCUGGACCCCAACGCUAUGUACUCGGUGCUGCUGGACUUUGUGGCUGCAGAUAAUAACCGCUGGAAGUACGUGAACGGAGAGUGGGUUCCCGGCGGAAAGCCGGAGCCGCAGAGCCCCAGCUGUGUGUACAUUCACCCGGACUCCCCCAACUUCGGAGCCCACUGGAUGAAAGCACCUGUCUCCUUUAGCAAGGUCAAACUGUCCAACAAACUCAACGGAGGAGGACAGAUUAUGUUGAACUCCUUGCACAAGUAUGAGCCGAGGAUCCACAUUGUAAAGGUGGGCGGCAUCCAGAAAAUGAUCAGCAGCCAAUCUUUCCCAGAGACUCAGUUCAUAGCAGUUACUGCCUACCAAAAUGAAGAGAUUACAGCACUGAAGAUCAAACACAACCCUUUUGCUAAGGCCUUCUUGGAUGCUAAAGAGAGGAGUGACCACCGGGAGGCCCAAGAUCAAAGCAGUGACAAUCAGCAGUCUGGCUACUCACAGAUUGGUGGCUGGUUUCUGCCCAGUAAUGGUCCCAUCUGCCCCAGCAAUAGCCCACCCCAGUUCAGUGGGUCCCCGGGUCACUCGUCCAGCUCUUACUGCGAGCGCUAUUCCAGCCUGCGGAGCCACCGAGCAUCUCCGUACCCCAGCCAUUACCCUCAUCGCAGCACUAACAACAACAAUUACAUGGACAGCUCAUCAGGGAGUAUUCCAACCCAUGACAAUUGGUCAACCUUGCAAAUCCCUAACUCUAGUGGAAUGGGCACCCUUGCUCAUACCACCAACUCCAAUUCCAACACAAGCCAGUAUCCCAGCCUAUGGUCUGUAGCUGGGACAGCCCUCACCCCGUCUGGCUCAGCUUCAGGCUCCAUUGCUGGGGGUCUAACCUCUCAGUUCCUGCGAGGCUCCUCCGUGUCUUACUCGGGUCUGACCUCUUCUCUACCCGUGUCUUCACCAUCGUCCAUGUAUGAUCCAAGCCUGACUGAGCCAGGAGUAUCUGAUGCACAGUUUGAGACCUCCAUUGCUAGGCUUACAGCUUCUUGGGCACCUGUAGCACAGAGCUACUGAGAACUGACUGGGGCCCAAGAGACGUGCUCCUGCUGUUACAGAGAUAGUGUAAGCACCCUGGAUCUGAGAUUAAGAUCCCUGAAUGGUGAUUAAAAAAAUAGAUUGCUCUAAUGCAGGUGAGUAGGAGAAGAUCCAGAAGAGAUUCCUUCAAGCAGUUUUAGGAAAUUCCUUUAUUGUGUUAGAAAGCUAAAAUAAAUGACACAUAGUCAUUGCUACUGAUGAUAGUAAAACUCUUAGGAAAUUUAAAAGAAAAUGUACUGUCAGCCAUUUUGGGACCAAUGAUGGAGCUCCUGGAUAUACAAGAUUAAUAAGACCAAAGGUUGUUGUUGACUGAAUAAAUGUAAAUGUCUGUAAAUAAAUUUAAGUUAAUGUCCAUUCUCGUGGUUGGUCAUGUAGAAUAUGAAUUUAAAAUAUUCAGAAACCUUGUAAGAAAGAAAGACAUGUGUCUUGUAUCCUUUCUGGUAAUAUACAAUGGGACAUCCUCUAACUUGCACACAGAAGUGCCUUGUACAUAACUAUCUAUUUGUACUUGUUUGCCUUAAGCUUUAUUUAUGUCUUUUUAAUAUUAAAUUAAUUUUUUUCUCCGAAAUGUCUGGCUGUUCCUAAUUCCUUUCCCUCGAAACUCAUUUUAAAAUGUGUACACAUACAAUUAAAAGUCAUUACAAGUACCAUGAAAACGUAUUUGACUCUAGUAUUUCUUCUAUUUUUACAUAUAUGUCACACUUAGUUUCUUCAAUUAAAACAAUUCUGAGGGAUAUUUUUCCUCCAAAGCGAUGUGAAAGACUGUUAUCAAAAUUGAUUGGUGGCAGUUGUUGCUGCUGAAGGUGGCAGAACUACUUAUUAAGAUAGAUUCUAGUCUUAAAGAAUAAAUACGAAUAUAUAAAGUUACUUUAAAUAUGGAGAGAUGCAGAUUUUUAUAGCUAAUUAUCCUGAAACAUGUUAAUAAUAAACAUAAUAAUAAAGUAUGUAAUAGGCCAUAAUAGUAUGGAUAACUGGAUAGUUGAAGAUAAUUGAUUUGCAGCCUUCAACUGUCCACUUGAAGAUUAGCCUCAGAUUCUUGUUCUUGGAAGACAGGAGUGAAACCGGAGGUGGUUUUCUG